UCUGGUCUCCCAGGCAGGCAGCACAGGCAGCUCAGCUUCACUGGGAGCCUCAGCAGAAAGGCACAGCCAAAGCAGGAUGAAGCUUUCUACAGGCAUCAUUUUCUGCUUCCUGAUCCUGGGCGUCAGCAGCCAGGGAUGGGGAACAUUCCUCAGGGAAGCUGGUCAAGGGGCUAAAGACAUGUGGAGAGCCUACUCUGACAUGAGAGAAGCCAACUACAAAAAUUCAGACAAGUAUUUCCAUGCCCGGGGCAACUAUGACGCUGCCCGAAGGGGCCCUGGGGGCGCCUGGGCUGCUAAAGUGAUCAGCGAUGCCAGAGAGAAUGUUCAGAGAGUCACAGACUUGUUCAAGCCUGGAAGCAGUGGCCACGGACGGGAGGACUCGAGGGCCGACCAGGCUGCCAAUGAAUGGGGCCGGAGCGGCAAGGACCCCAAUCACUUCAGACCCGCCGGCCUGCCCAGCAAGUACUGAGCUGCCUCUCACUCUGCUCAGCAGACAGGGCUGUGAGCCUCAAGUGAGCAGAGACAGUGCCGAGCUAGGUUACUGUAUUCUGUAUCUGUAGUUCUUGAUAGCUGAUAAACAUAAACAUAAAAAUCUUUAAUAAAUGCUUGUGAAAUCCAAUUUGUCCUUGGCAUUUGGAAAAAGCAUAUGACAAUCUUCUUGGGAAGAUGAGCCUAUUUAAUACCAUGGGGAUGAUCAAUAAACAUUAUUGUUUUUAAAAAGGAGACAAUGCACUAAUAUACAAUAGUAAUAACUUGGGGUAAAUCUACAGAGUCAUCCAUUGGUAUCUGCUGGGGAUUGCUUUCUGGACCACUGCAGAUACCAAAAUCCGCAAAUGCUAAGUGCCUCAUAUAAAAUAGCAUAGUAUAGUCGGCCCUCCACAUCUGCUGAGUGGAACCCACCCAUGUGAAGGGUGGGCCAGCCGUAUAUCCAGAACAUGGACCAUGCUAUAUAAACCAUAUAAGGAGCAUUAUAUGGACCAAUUAUCAGUCCCUAACUCCCUGUUUCAAAUUGUGGAAAAGAUAAUAAGAAUACCAUGAAUAACUUCGGUAAUAAAGCUUAGACACCCCCCCCCCCCAAGAAAAGGCUUAGAACUUGACAAAAAUCAACAAAUUCUUAGAAAAAUACAACUUACAAAAACUGACUCAAAAAGAAAUGAAAACUUGGAUUAUUCUGUAAUUAUUGUAAAAGAUCAAAUCUCCCUCCCAGAGAAAACAAAAGUCCCAGAUGGUUCUAUAGACAAAUUUAACCCUUCAGAAAAGCAAAUGAUUGCUUUUUUGUACAAACACCUCUGCAGAGUAGAAAAUACUCCUCCAUCCUCUCCACGAGGGUAGGAAAAUUUGACACCAUGAAAA